CUGGCUUUGGCGGACGCCCGAGGCCUGCCCGCCAUGGCCCAGCUGGAGCUCUUCUCCCACCCCGGGCCCGGCGUCCGCUACCGCGCCGGGCUCUGCUCUACAGCGGCGCUGGGGCUGCUGCUGCUGUGGGCACUCACCUACCUGCCGCCGCUGCUAGUGGCGUAUCGGAGUCAGGGACUUUGGCUGAAGCAAAGUACCUACAUGGAGCAGCCCACAGUACAAUUUCAGUAUGAGGUGCUGCUGGUGGCUAUGACUGGAGCUGACCCAGGCAGCUUCCUGGCUUGGAGCACAUUUCCAGCCUUCAACCACCUCCAGGAAGACCAACUGCGAGUUCCACUCAUCUCGACUAGAGAAGAAGACAAGAAUCAUGAUGGCAAAAUGGACCAAUUACAUUUUAAAUUAGAGCUUCCUCUACAAUCUACAGAACAAGUACUUGCUGUCCAGCUCAUUCUGACUUUCUCCUACCAAUUACAUAGGAUGUCAACAUUUGUGAUGCAGAGCAUGGCUUUUAUCCAGUCGUCCUCCCCUAUUCCAGGGUCCCAGCUUUAUGUGAACGGAGACCUGAAAUUGCACCAGAGGCAGUCACUUAACCAUUGUGGAGUAGACAUCAGAUACAAUGUAUCUGUGAUCAAUGGCACCAGCCCUUUUGCAAGUGACUACGAUCUCACUAACAUCAUUGCAGCAUAUCAAGAUAGAAAUGUAACAACAGUUCUUUCUGAUUCCAACCCUGUUUGGCUGGUAGGAAGAGCAGCAGAUGCGCCAUUUGUGAUUAAUGCCACUAUCCGUUACCCAGUGGAAGUUAUUUUAUAUCAGCCAGGUUUCUGGGAAAUGAUCAAAUUUGCCUGGAUCCAGUAUGUUAGUAUCCUGCUUAUCUUUCUUUGGGUGUUUGACAGGAUAAAAAUCUUCGUGUUCCAGAAUCAGGUACUGACCACAAUACCAGUGUUGCCAAUUUCCUCUUAUAAACAGCACCAGUCCUGAGAAAAUACCUGAAAUGACUUUAAAGAGACUUAGGAUAAGAGAGUCUACUUAAUUUUCAUUCUCUUUAGAAUUCUCGUAUUUCUGAAGAUGAGGAACUUCAUAAGUUACAUUCUGGAUCAUGUUCUGUUAAUGCUACAACAGACUAGAGUGUCUGGACAUUUUUAUUUCUUUGUAUUUAGUAGACCUCACGUUGCUGUGAGAGAGCACUGCUUUGGGAUUAUUGUGUGCUCUCAUGUUUUUGACAGUUCAAGAAGAAUGUUAUCUUUUGCAAUAUGACUGCAUUUCAAAAGCCAUGCAAGCCAACAUGGCACCUGUUCUGCUGAAAUCUAUACCACCUUUGGCUGAUCAGAUAUGCUUUUAAUUUGGCUAAAAUACACAAUAUAAUAAUUGAAAGCCACAUGGUAACAAUAACUGUGUAAACUACUUGUACUGUCUUAGUUUUGUAUAUAAGGGCACCACUAAUCAGUUCUGAAAACUGAAGUUCUAUCAAGCCUUUAACUGU